AAACAGGGACUAAAAGAGCUGAAAGAAUACACUGUCCAAUUGGCCUCUAGUGCUGGCUACAUUGAUGCCCCUGUUGAUGAGACUGUUUUUGAUGUGGAUAAGGAUAUUGACAAUCUUCUGCCCAUUGAAGUAAAAGAGCAACGUCUCAGCAAUCUGCUUCAAUCAUUGAUGGCUGUUUUGAAAAAAAUCCCAACAUCAGUUCUUUGGGGUUGUUUUACUUUCAUGGCGAUUGAAAGCUUGCCUGGAAAUCAAUUUUGGGAGAGGAUAUUGUUUCUUUUCACUGCUCCAAGUCGAAGAUACAAGGUGCUGGAGAAGAAUCAUGGAGUCUUUCUUAAGACUCUGCCUUUCAAAACAAUUGUGACCUUCACAUUGUUCCAGAUGGCUUACUUGCUUAUGUGUUUUGGCUUAACAUGGAUCCCGAUUGCUGUGGUGCUUUUCCCAUUGUUGAACAUGCUUCUAGUCCUGGUGCGGCAGUAUUUUCUCCCUAAGUUUUUCAAAAGAGCGCACCUUCAAGACCUGGAUGCUGCAGAAUAUGAGGAAGCCCUUUCCAUCACUUUCAACCUGCCCCUUGAAGAUCUGGAUCUUCAAUCAAGAACCACUAACAUAGGCGGUGGGCAGAUGCUUGACGAAUUGUCUCGGUCUUUGUAGAAAUUGGAUCAUCGACAGAGCACUCUGUGGCAGUUGUUGAUUCCCGGUUAACUAUCUUUGAUUUCUUUUCUCUGGUGUUUCUUUUGGGUGAAAGCAAUUCUGACAUGUGCGAAUCCUGCUUUUUUUUCUUAAUUUUCAGCCCAAAUGUGGAUAGGACAGAAUCGGGCAAGUGGUGCGGAACUGCAAUUCUUGGUUCUUCUGCUGGUUUAAAAUUCUUGGGGUGGUGAUUUAUUAAUUUCUGACAUUCUUUUCCCAUUGUUUUAAGCAGUUUAUGUCCCAAGUUUUAAGGUUUAUACAGAAAGUGACACUGCUAAGGCUGAUGGCGGAAGCAGGUAAUUGUGGUUCUAAACUUGUGUAAUUUCAUCUCGAUUACCGAAUGUUAUGGUUUUAAUCAAUAUCUAAGUUGUUUUAGAACGUUAUGGUUUAGUUAUUGGCAACCAUAUGGAUUGUAGGGGGAAUUAUAUCUGUUUGCCCCUUUU